AUUGUUUUCUUAUUAUUUUUAUAUAAAAUAUAUAUUCUAUAUAAAAUAUUAGCGUAUGUUUUUGAACGUAAUACGGCCGCCAUUUUCAAUAUAAUUUUUGACAUUUCUCUUUGAGUUGAGCACGUUUUCAAGAGCUCACAAUGCAGAUCUUCGUAAAAACGCUAACAGGGAAGACCAUCACCCUUGAGGUCGAAGCUUCCGACACUAUCGAAAAUGUUAAAGCGAAAAUUCAGGAUAAGGAAGGUAUUCCACCAGACCAGCAGCGACUGAUCUUUGCCGGCAAACAGUUGGAAGAUGGCCGCACUUUGUCAGACUAUAAUAUUCAGAAGGAAUCCACCUUGCACUUGGUGUUGAGGUUGAGAGGAGGUACUAUUGAACCCUCUCUCCGUAUCUUGGCGAUGAAGUACAACUGUGACAAAAUGAUCUGCCGCAAGUGUUAUGCACGCCUCCACCCGCGCGCCACCAACUGCCGCAAGACCAAGUGUGGACACACCAACAACCUCCGCCCCAAGAAGAAGCUGAAGGAUUAGAUUCUAUUCAAAUUAUUAUCAAAAUUUGGGAAUUCUACAUUCAAAAUGUAACAACCUUAAAUUAAUAAAGUAAACAAAUUCCA